AUGGAUUUGCCAUACAAAGCUGAAUACGCGAAAACUGGCAGAGCUUCAUGCAAAGGGUGUAAAAGCCCAAUAAGCCAAGGAGAACUGCGUAUUGCUGUGCUGGUUCAGAGACCUAAAACGACCGAUGAUAUAGACCAUUUCGAAUCUUUGAGAAUAGAAGAUCAAGAUAGAAUAAAAUCUCGGGUAGGUGUUGCUACAACAGCUAUUGUACCAGACAAAAAAGGUAAAAAAAGAGCUGCAGACCCAUCUCUCAAGCUGAAGCAGCAAGCCCUCCAAGAUUUUGAGGUACAAUAUUCCAAGUCUGGUCGAGCUAUGUGUCAAGGCUGUGAAAUUAAGAUACUGAAAGAUGAAGUUAGAAUCUCCAAGAAAGAUUUUGAUACUGAAAUAGGCCGCAAAUAUGGGGGCCAGCCAAUGUGGCACCAUGUAAAUUGCUUUGCACAAGUGAGGAGCAGUCUUGGAUUCUACGAGUGUGGUGAUAAACUACCAGGGUUCAAAACUUUAUCACCAGAUGACCAAAAAAACGUCAAGGCAAAAAUUCCGGCUAUCAAGCAAGAAGACAUUCCACCAGAGGUGAAGAAAAUAAAAACAGGGGAUGAAGUUGAUGGGGCAUUGAAAGAAGACGAAUAUAGGGUGCAAACUAAAUUGAUGUUCAAUUAUAGAGAUCAACUUGAUCUGUUGGACCAGCUCGCCGACCUGAUGACUUUCGGCGUCCUCGCCCGCUGCAAGACCUGCAAGGGGGGCCAGCUGGUCUUUUCCAAGGGGGGCUACACGUGCACGGGCGAUCUCACGCAAUGGACGAAAUGCACGGAGUUUGUUAGGGUGCCCAAACGGAAGACUUUCAAAGUACCUCCGGAUUUGCAGGAGAGAUAUCCGUUCUUGAAGAAGUACAAGUUUGUGGCAAGAAACAGGGUGGUCCAGGACGUGGCGCCGACGAAUAACGUGAAGAAGGACGAGGAGAACGCAGAGUGA